AUGCUCCUCAUCCUCCACACCAUCACCACCAUCACCAUCACGCUCCAAGACCAAGCUGUCCUCGAGAAGGUCAAAGAUUUACCUCGCUACCACCUGGGCAGCGUUGUGUACGAAGCAACCACGGCACCACCGCCAUCUAAGAAUACCAGCAUUGACGAUCGAUAUGGGUUCCGAUCGAUCCCCUCGGCCCUACCUAACUAUUCCGGCAAAGAGAACUGCACUCUGACCGUCCGUAUUCCGCGGUACUACUUGAGCGAGCGGCAGCGAGACGUGAUAGUGAUGAGUCGGCAAUUGUGGGGGUCAGAGAUCUACACGCAUGACUCGGACGUGGUUGCUGCAGCAAUUCAUUCGGGUUGGAUUCGUGGUGCUUGGCCUGAGGAUGUCGAUGUGAACAUGCUCGACCCGCGCAUCAACGGUGGUAGCGAGGCGCCACCUGAAGUCGAACCGUCUCAAGUUUUGACGUCGAAACCAUCUCAUCCAGCACCUCCACCAGCCGGAUACGACGCGCAUGUGACGGUCACGAUUCUUCCAUGCCUCACUGAGUACAAGGGGAGCGUAUGUUACGGCAUCAAGAGCCACACGCGGAGGCGGCACGAAGGCUACAGCUACAAGAUCGACAAAGUGGAAUGGGUGGAUGACGAAACAACGAGGAGAGGUGAAGAACGCAACGGAGCAGCAAGAAGAGAAAGGCUGGCGGCUGCUCAAAGUCUAGUGGCGCUGCUGACCAGUGGUGGAGGGAAGCAUAGUAACGGGACCGAUGGCGAUGUUUCUCAAGGGAUGAGGAUGGGCCACGCGCAGGCGGUUGCCUGA